AUAGAAAGGUGGCAGCGAUAAAAAAAAACAGAUGUAGAUAUCAUUCACUAGAUGGCAGACAUACACCACACUCCAGCAUUUCCCCAUGCAGCACAACCUGCUACAACCCACACUGUGCAGCGGUAUUUGUACCUGGAGAAUAUCUGUUGGACCGAUUGUGGAGACACACAUCUUGGAAGGGGAGAUGAGGGGUGUUUAACAAAAAUAAUUAAUUAUUUUUUAGAUAAUAUUUAAUUACUUCAUCCCUCCCACCCUUUUUCUUUCUCCGAGGCUUCAAUGACAGAUGGCCUAAUAAACCAGUUAAAAUUCCCCUCAGCCUUUUUCAAACUGACCUUGGGUUUUCACACACACACACAUACACACAUACAUACAAACACAAGGUCAUGUGCUGGUUUGUUACAAGAUACUAGAGGGAGGAACAUCUUUUCUUCCUCCACCCAGAAUACACAGACAGUUCACUUGUACAUACAUGUCCUUUCACAUACAAAUACAAAAACACACAAGCUCUCUCCUCCCACCCUGUUUGUUCCUCCUCUCUCUCUCUUACACACACAAACACACUCUCACUCUGGUCGAUGCUGUGAGUUCCUCCUCUCCGUGUUUGGGGAGGGGGUGGUGGGGUGUUGAGCACAGGAUUCUCUCUGCUUUGCUCUCAGUCUGCAAUCAGCAACGGACACACACGCACACAGACGCAGCAGCUAUGAGCGCAGGCGAUGUGGUGUGCACAGGAUGGCUCAUAAAAUCCCCUCCGGAGAAGAAGCUAAAGAGAUUUUCAUGGCGAAAGAGAUGGUUUGUUUUACGGAGGGGUCGGAUGAGCGGGAAUCCUGACGUUUUGGAAUAUUACCGUAGCAAGAGCUCCCGCAAACCAAUCCGAACCAUCGACCUGCAAGAAUGCGAGGUCACCAUCGAGGCGGAAGUGCGGCCUACGAAACGGCAGCACCAGAAUCAGCACCUGUUUGUGGUCAAGACUGCAACACGCAUCUUUUACCUGCUGGCCAAAACGGCAGAGGAGAUGAACGACUGGGUGCAGAAUAUCGGACAGAUCUGUACGUUUGGAGGACUCAACAGACACGCAGAAUCAAUGGACAGUCUAAAUCGCACACCCUCUUCCCAGCAGCCCUCUCCAGCACUUUCUCCUCAUGUUUCUCUUGUGGCCAAUCAGGACACCGUUACCGUCGACAACCAUGCUGUCUUAGACAGGCCAAGCGAAUCAGAGAGCAGCCCUCCACUUGACUACCUCUUCCUCUCUCAGUGUGAAACCGGCACCAAAAGCAUUGUGAGGUGUGACAGCAUCUCGAACUCUGAACGUUCGUUUGAGCAAAGCUCGUCUGAGUACACGGAGGAUGUGUUUAGCCCCACCCCACGUAUUGACACCUCCCCUUCCCCUUUCCUGCUGACUGGGGUGUCGGAGCCCCCUUUUAGCGCACCCUGUGGCCAACUCUCUGUCUCCUCCUCUCUGUCGUCCUGCCUCUCAUCUCCCAUCUCUCUGCGCCCACCGGACAUUUUCAGAUUCGACCGGCUCUUCUGUGUGGCAUCAGAACCACAAACUCCUCCUCCCCUCCCACCCAAACCCACACACCUUUCCGAUCAACACAGUAAUGAGGAUACAAGCCGUAAUCAAUCACAACCUGCGCUCCUUCCUCGCAGGACGUCACUUUCAGCAAUUGACCACUUUAGGAGAGGAGAGUUUGACAGUUCUGGAAGAAACUGGAACAAACGACUGAGCCUCAACUUGCCAAUAUUUCAGAAUACCACAGUAACUGAAAACCACUGUGAGGAUUCAUAUGUGCCCAUGGCCUCCCCACCAAUCAGCUGCACUGAUGUCACUUCAGAUGGCUACAUACCCAUGAGCCCCUCCACCCUGCCCGUCUCCCUACUCACCAACGGCAAACCAGAGCUGCCCUCGCCUUCCAAUCCUGACCUUGAGCCUCCUCCAGUCGACCGCAACCUUAAACCAAGAAGACCUCGACCGCCGCCUUUAGACUUGCGGGGCCUGUCCACCAUUUCUGAAUGUCCUUUCCAUGUUCCCCUCACACGCGCCAUGACAGAACCCAGCACUUCACUUCAGUGUACUCCUUUGGACAGACGGCGUGUUUGGUGCUUAAAUGGCUCUGAACAGGAUGGCAGCAUCACUCCAACAGACUCUCGGCAGAUGUUGUUUCCAUCUUGUGACUCUGCUCCCUGGAUGAGGCCUUCUCAGCUGGAUUACUUGUCACUUGACUUCAACUCUGCCUCUCCGUCACCUGUCCAGAAGAAACCAUUGCUGGCAGACGAAUACAGGGUGGACUAUGUGAAGGUAGAUGAGAAGAAGACCCAGGCUUUACAAAGCACCAAGAUGGAGUGGAAGGAUGUCCGUCAGUCAAAACCUUAAAGACUUCUAUGGGGGGAAGAAAAAAAAAAGAUAAUCCAUUUAAACUGUUACAUGGUUCAAAACUUGAUUUGUUCUCAUCUCCUACAAUUUCAGGUACAUUUUACACUGCUGUGAAAGGAGGAAGUACAGACAUUAACAUUAAGAAAUAAAAUGGCAUAUUAUUCAGGAAAUUAUUUCAGAAUAAAAGACUUUAAAUGCAGGGAAUCAUGAUUAAAGCUAUUGGUUUUGUUGUCCUUAAACCAGAGAGAGUUUGCUAAAGAUUAGUGGCUUGUAAAAGAAGAUUGCUUAGUUCUACAAUAUAAAUUAUACAGUCAUAACAUUACUAAAUAAGGGAAAAUAUAUUAGAAUGAUUGAGUUUAUGUGCACCCUUACCAUUAAUUAAUUUGUGUUCAGUAAUAUCUUUAAAAAUCAUUCAUGUCCACCAAGGAUGUAUUUAUUUUUACAAAAUAUUAUUCAAUAAAUAACUGAUUUAUAAUGAUAUUUUUUCCAGUGAGGGCAAGCUGAAUUUUCGCCAUCAUUACUCGAUUCUUUAGUGACAGAUGAUCCUUCAAAAAAAAUCCUUAUUCAGGCCCAUAGCUAGCCUGGUUAAAAAAGGGGUGGUUCUUUUUUCUUAAAAUAUGGAUCUUUUUGCAGUUAUACGCCUCAUUUUCUGUUUAUCUAUUAGGUUUAAAUACUUUUUAAGCACCUUUUUUUUGCUGGGUUAGCUUGCCGGAUGGUGAUCAACCACACGUUUGGAUGUACCAAAAACAUUUCCUAAAGAUGUAGAGGAAGAAAAAUAUGAAAAUAAUGCUUAUUUUUCAAAUAAAAACUCAUUGCACCAUAUUUCAUUAGGAAAAAAAAAGAUGCUAUUCAAGUUUUAAAUUAAAAACUUGCCUAUCGUCAUUUAUUAGGCAAACACAAACUGGCCAGCACAUUCAACUUUCCUUAGUUGCGCUGAAGCAACAUCCAAAAGAGGAUUUUGUCUGGUCUUAAAACCUUCUUCUGUGGUUAUUUUCACAAUUUAUUAUGGCAUUAAACUCAAAAUAGGACAAAUGAGCUUAUGUAUAUAUUUUAAGCAAUUAAAUAUGUCAUUCCUAAAUAAAUUUGUUAAUUUCUUAACCAAGGAAAUCUUACAUAGACAAAAACCGUAGUGCACAUUUUUGUAAACACGUAACUGAUUCAAAAUAAAAGUUUAAGACAUGACUGCGUAAUUUAUGUCGAACACCAAGGUAAUCUGCAUUAACAAACUGACAUUCAGACAAUGACAAAAGCAUCUCAUCUAAAACAUCUCCAAAUCUUUAAGAGCAUAUGAUUUUUGAUCGACUAAGGUACAAAUGAACAGCAAAAUAUGUGUGAAAUGAGCAUUUAUUAUAGACCCUUUAAUCAAUAUGCAGAUUUGCUGCAUAACAAACAUUUAUUAUUAAAGUUACAAUUUGGAUCUAAUUGCUGUCACUUUUAAACAAUUAAAUACAUCAUUGCUGGAUUAAUUUCUUUAUCAAAGAAACCUCACAGAGCCGAAAAUCGUUGAAUAGUGCACAUUUUUGUAAACACGUUUCAAAAUAAAAAGUUAAGACAUGACUGUGUAUUUUAUAUUGAGAAAACAAAGUAAUCUACUUUAGCAAACUAGCAUCCAGACAAUAACAAAAGCAUGAAUCUCAUCUAAAAACAUCUCCAAAUCUUCAACAGUAUAUGAUUUUGUUCGACUCAAGGUACAAAUGAACAGCAAAAUAUUUAUGAAAUAAGCAUUAAUUGUUGAUCGUUUACUUACCUUAACAUGUGCACUCAUUGGUACCUUUAUUUUGAAAUAAUUCCCUGAAAGCAACAGCUGUUUUUCACAACUGAUGUAUGAGACUCGAACGUCACAUUGCUGUUGCGUCCCAAUUCGCUUACUUAUACUACGCCCUAAAAGUAUGUACUUUUUUUGUGAAGGAAAAAUAUAUACUUUUGAAUGUGUACCAGAAGAGUAUCAAAGUGCUUUUAAGGCAAGUCAUUUCACUCGACAGCCAUCUUUGAAACGCCUUUCGGACAGUAUGCUCGGGCAUGCUUGAAUGAGGAAACAUCAAAUUCUCCAAAACUGCUUUCUAAGCUUACCAAUGAAUUUCAUAUUAAGAAUCACAAAUACAAUUACACAAAAACUGUGUUGUUAGUUUCAUUUCUAAACAUCUAAAUCACACAAAAUAUGUAGAAACUCACCUCUGGUCCGAGCCCCUCCUUCAGAGUAUUGGCAGACAAUAGCGAUCGAUGAUUGGCUCCUGUACUAGAAGGCGGGCAUUAUUCGGCAUAUAGCGAUCGAUGAUUGGCUCCUUCACCAUAUUGACCAUUACACUUUUUCCCAAUCAAAAAGAUAACAUUUAACAGAUCGUUGUGUUGCUUAGUUAUGAUCCCUGUCAAUCAUCCACACAUUAUCCACAUUUCCAUUAUAUUUAAUUUCCUACCUUACUGGAGAAACAGCAGCAGGUUAAUAUUUCAUGCAGAGAAAUCUCAUCAGGUCUUUGGAUCAUUAUCCAUUCAGAUGUUAAUGUCCAACCACGUCUUUAUAUAAGUUCAGUAUUGUUGUUGCAGAUAAAAUAUAACACAGAAAAUGUGAUUUAAAGUCUUCCCAGUUGGCUGGAUAUUGAUUAACAGUCAAACAAACAUCUUAACAGAAGCCUCUCUACUUGAUGGUUGGUCCCGCGCGUCCACCAUGUUUGUAGUUUAUUUACACUUUUCACCCACGUUUGUAGUUCUAAUAGAAUUUACAUCCAGCGCACAAUGUACUGUGGGCAAUAUCAGCAAUUAGCGUAUGAAAAUCGAGUCCCACCUGACAAUUGGGCCCGCCUAGGACCCUGGGUGGUCCUAGGUAUACUUUGUAUACCUACAUCUAGGUAUAUACACAUAUCUAUGUGUCUUUCUGUGGUUUACCAUACAAACAAGUUCAUUCAUUCAUUUUCUUGUCGGCUUAGUCCCUUUAUUAAUCAGAGGUCGACACAGUGGAAUGAACCGCCUACCCAUCCAGCAAGUUUUUACGCAGCGGAUGCCCUUCCAGCCGCAACCCACCUCUGGGAAACAUCCACACACAUAUUCACACACUCACACUACGGACAAUUUAGCCUACCCAAUUCACCUGUACCGCAUGUCUUUGGAAACCUACUAAUUCUAUUUCAAAUACAAUUCAAGACGGAUAGUAUGCGAAUUGGGACGCAGCAUGCCUUAUUUGCGAAUUCUGAAAUAAUGUUUUCAAGGGUGUCAUGAAGUCUUUAAUUCAAUGGUCUCAAACUCAAUUCCUGGAGCUCUGCAGAGUUUAGCUCCAACCAUCUCCAACUCACACUUGCUUAGUCUUGAACACCUUGAUUGGUUGGAUCAGCUGUGUUUGAUUAGCGUUUGAGCCAAACUGUGCAGAGCUGUGAACAUUUAUUAAUUUAUUUUUUCAAGUAUUCCCCAAAGUGAUGUUUAACAGAGCAAGAAAGAAUCGAGUUUGAGGCCUAUGCUUUAAGUAAACAUGAACAUAUUACGUAUUUAUGAUGUGUACAAUCACUGAAGGGCGUCACAGAAAAUCGAAAUGUCUCUUGCACUGAUUAAGAAACACAUUGGAGACGAAGUUUAGCAUGGACUUAAUGUAUUACAAUAAGAGAGUCGGAGCACUGUAAACCACACACUGUGACUGAACGCUGAAACUGAAUGAAGGAAGCUAAUGUUUUGUAGAAGGGAAAUCUGCCUUUUCUUUUUCUAGAUUGAAUGUUGUGUGAAUAUUGAAUGUUUAAUAUGUUAAACUACUGUCACGGGAUCAUGAACGUCUGUCAACACUUAUCGGAAUGUAUUUUUCCUCGAUAAACAGGCAUUACGAAUGUAUUUGUGUCUUGGGUUGCCAUGUCAUGCUGUGCUUAUAUGACAUUCGCUGUAUUGACGAGCACAACAACUAUCACUGUGACAUUCAUCGGAUGUUCUUCAGUGUAUGCUUUAUUGUUUCAUGAAGAAAUGUAAUACAUGAGAGAGAGAAUGAGCGAGGGAUGUGUGUGUGUGCCUGUGUGUGUGUGUGUGUGAGUGUGUAUGUGUGCCCAGAAAUUUAGAGACCUACUAACCUGUGUGAAUCAAUGGAUGUUUAUCCGUCAGCAGGUAAUAUUGUGAUGCGUAUUGAACACAAUAAAUCACUUUAAAACAGUUCAGCUCAAUAAACUGAAAACAAAUGACUGUU